CUCAACUCCACCUUUCCCCUUCAUUCAAUCCCUCAUUCCGCGCUCCCAGUCUUGUUGUCGCUCUCCCAUGAUGCGGAGAACAUCGACCUCGGGUGCACCGGCGAAGAAGUCGUCGAUCGGUCCCAUGACAGCCCUCCGCCGCUACCAACUGUGUCCACAAGGUUACAUUAUUGUUCUACACGUACCAGUGCAGGCCUUUCGUGUCUGCUUCGGCAUAUGGAGUCUUUCGGCCAUGGGCCGUCGCGUACCACGUCAUGGACCAUAAAAUACUGGGGUUCAUGUUCAAAAAUUGGAGUGCAUCAGUGUUCAAGAACAGGUAGGAUCAGCUCCGUAUAAAUCGGGAAGCUUGCUGUUGAAUGAUACAGUAUGCUGAAAGGCAAGUGAGCGACUUGGUCUCUAAGUGUGCUUCAAGCUGUGGACCGGGACAAGUAACAUCAUCAUCUGUUUGCAUUUCCGCGCUAUCGUCAACAUGGGCAUACUCUCAAGCUCAAUAUCAAUAUUUCUCGUCUGUCUCUCAUUACUGUCCUUGCAAGCCCAAGUCCUGGCACAGUCUCAAGAUCAAGAUGACUCGGUCCCACCCGCCGGAGCGCAAAACGCUACAUUCAACGCCACCCAUGGACAAUUCAACCCGACGACUGCCAGAACUCGCAUCGCGCAGGCCAACCUAUCAGCGGCACGGUCGGAGGCUAUUCUGACGGCCGUAAACUUCGAGCGGUCGAACUGGGCCGGGUUCUCUACGCGGCUGGAUCCAUUCUACGUUGACGUACCUUCCAAUGCAUCACACGCCCCAGCGGGCUCCGUGAUCAAAGUCGAACAAGUCACCAAUACAUCGCUGUAUACGCUGCCGGCCAAUGUGGCACUAUCCCGCAUGCUUUUCAUGACCAAGACCCUGAACGGCACAGCAGUCCCAGCGUCGGCAUAUAUCCUGUGGCCAUGGAUGCCGCGACGGUUCCAAAAUGUUUCAGGAUUGCCCAUCGUAGCCUGGGGUCACGGCACAUCAGGGUGGUCUGGCGAAUGCGGGCCCAGCCACAUCCGCAACCUAUGGUAUCAGUACAGUGCGCCGUAUGUGCUCGCGCUGCAAGGGUACGUGGUAGUCGCGCCGGACUAUGCAGGGCUAGGACUCGACCACGACGCCGAGGGCGGCUUCAUUGCACACCAGUACCUCGCGCACCCGGCCCAUGGCAGCGACCUGAUCCAUGCGGUCCAGGCCGCACAGCAGGCCUGGCCAAGUCUUUUGGCCCACGAGUUCGUCGUCAUGGGCCAUUCGCAGGGCGGCGGUGCAGCAUGGGGCGCGGCACAACUACUCGCCAAAAACCCAGUCAAGGGCUAUCUGGGCACGGUCGCCGGGUCACCUUCCACCUCGACCAAGACACUAAUCCAACAGUCUUGGGGCAGUUCCGCGUCCCUGGGCUCGAUGUUGACCCGCGUUGGCACGGGGAUCAACUCUGUGUUUCCGACGUUUCAAAUGAGUGACUGGCUGAGCGCCCAAGGCGUGCGUGUCACGGAACUACUGCAGGAUCUGCAGGGCUGUCAGUCGGUGGCGUACGAGAUGACGGGUCUCCAAACGCUCGUCAACCCCCGCUGGAACGAGACAUGGUAUCUGGACGCGUUUGACAAUCUGACGAGCAACGGUGGUCAGGCCUUUGCGGGCCCUAUGCUCGUGUUGCAGGGCACGAACGACACUUCGGUGUUUGUGGACAGCGUGACGUCGGCUGUCAAUGCCACCUGCAAUGCCUAUCGGGCCGGCCAGCUCGAGUAUGUCACCUUUGAGGGCGUGGGCCAUGUUUCUGUUCUCUAUGCCGGUCAACAGAUCUGGCUGGACUGGAUUGCCGACAGAUUUGGCGGCGUCGACGCCCCACGUGGCUGCAAGCGCGUCCAUUACCAGCCGCAGUUCGCAGUCGAGGUAUAUCAGAAAGAGGCGGCCCUGUUCUUGGAGUAUCCUCUGUACGGUUAUGAGACCGCUUAAUGGACACUGUUUACCUCUGGUGUCGACAAUGAAGGGUGCGCUACUGAUGGUCCGCUCGCAUUCUACUGCUCGGACGACCCAGCUAUUAGAAGGAUAGGAUAGUAUUCCCUCCAAUGUGAGGUUCUGCAAAUGGUUGAAAGUGCCCCCUGAUCAACGGGCCAACUGACAAUCCAUUUUGGACAAUCCUGGCCACGCGGCAUACCUAUCAAGGUAGUGUAUAUAUGUCGUCAAAGUGCAGUGAUAUGAUAUAUUUUCGUGAACCGACGGUGAAUCCGGGAUCCUGCCUGCAGUGCUUUACACUGUACACCAAGGCAAUAGUUUCCUUUCACUCGCCCCUAAAGACGCUAUAAGGAUGUGUAUAUGGAUGCGAUGCAUCAAUCAAUACAACAACCCCAACAACUCCGUGACCGAAGCCUUCUCAAUAUUUUCGACCGUCUCACGGAUCUUGUCACCCCUCUGUCUGCCCAGGACAGGAUCGACAAGACUAUAAAACUUCUUCUCAACCUGAUCCCUCGUAAACGGAUGCUGAGCCUCC